UGUCCAGUUUAUAUUAAAUAUAAAAUGUUUGAAUAAAAUAUAAAUUUCGGAAGAAACUCAUAUACUUUCCGAAUAUCGCUUUGUUUCAAUUUUUUCUUCAAGUCAUUUUAGACUUAGUGAUUUUUAACCAUUCAUUUAAAAUUUCAUUAAUAUUUAUAUAAAAUCACUGUUUAGACUCGACUCUAGGUUAUGUAAGUUUUAACCUAUACGCCACAAGUUGAGUAAAAUAAAUGGAAAGAAUGGCCCAAAAAAUAGCCAAAGACCAAUUCCGAAGUGUAUUUAAAACAGUGGAUAAAGACCUUUUACAAUGGUUUCCUGGACAUAUGGGUAAAGGUCUCAAACAGAUGCAGCAGAAACUGCGUUCAGUAGAUUGUGUUAUUGAGGUGCAUGAUGCUCGGAUCCCUUUGUCUGGACGGAAUACAGACUUUAAAUAUACUAUCAGUGGAGUUAAGCCCCAUAUAUUAGUGCUGAAUAAGGUUGACCUUAUUGAACGGAAAAUGCAGGCCCGCAUAAUAGAUAAACUUAAAUCGGAGCAUGAACAUAUUCUAUUUACUAAGUGUAAAAACCAGAGCUGUGCUGGAGUCAAACAGCUUUUUCCAUUAGCACAAGAGUUGAUAAGACGUUCCAAUCGGUACAACAGACAAAAUGAAGACGAUUAUAAUUUGAUGUUUAUUGGAGUGCCGAAUGUAGGUAAAUCUUCACUGAUAAACGCUUUGAGGGUAUUGCAUCUACACAAAGGCAAAGCUACGGCUGUUGGCUCAAAUCCAGGUGUAACCAGGAGCGUAUUACAGCGCAUUAAAUUGAGUAACUCGCCACUUUUUUACAUGCUCGACACUCCCGGCAUUUUAACACCAAACAUCCAAAAUGUUGAAAUGGGAUUGAAGCUGGCUUUAUGUGCAACAAUUCAGGACCAUCUAGUGGGAGAAACCAUCAUAUGUGAUUAUCUUCUAUUCUGGCUUAACCAUCAUGGCUAUUUCAAUUACCAAAAUUAUUUUCAAAUGGACAAACCUUCUGAUAAUAUCUUAGAAGUGCUGGCUCACAUAAGCAAAUCAUACAACAAGUUUCUUAGAAUCCGGACACCUUUAAAUGAAUAUAUGCUGAAACCGCAUUUCGAAGCUGCAGCCAAUAUUAUGCUGAAAGCAUUUAGGGAUGGUUCUUUAGGGAAGUAUAUGUUAGAUGAAAGUUUAUUGUAACUAGUCAUUUUGUGAUCUUUUAAAUAAUGUUAAAAUUUACCGAAUGGCCUGAGCAUGUUUAACACGUUCAGGCCCUAAUUACAAAUAAUUUUCUUUGUAAUAAAGUUGAAAUGGUGCUAUUGAGCGAGACCGAAAUAUUUUGAGCUAAUUACGAAGCUUCCGGGAAAAUUAUUUGAUUUUUUUUAAGUCGAAAUCGACCCGACAGUAUAUGCCCAUAAAUGAUAAUAAUGUUUUAUGGAAAACUUUAAUUGACUUGUCCCAAACCUUGGAAUUAAUUGACUCUUAUUGAACUUAUUUUGUGACUGAAACAGAUUGACUCCCAGUAUUUUCUGCUAACACAUUAAUUUCUCUCCUUAACUUGGAUCUUUACAGAUGCAGUGCAAUCAAGAUAUAAAUAUUUUAUCUAAAAUAACACCACAAAUAUUCCGAUAAUAGGCCGAGAUACCCUGUAAGUGGUUCAACUAAAAUCAACUCCUGUGUUUUCCUUUUGAGGACCGUUUACAAAAGACAACAUACAAUGUGAGCGAAAAAACUUGGUUUUUAUUGUUUUUCACUUGUUCAUCAACAAUACCACAGUUACCAGUUGCUUAAUAUAACACAUUUUCUUAAUGUUCAAUUGUAAACCCGUCUUGAACAUUUAUCUCCAGCUACUUUAACCGUAAAGAAACAGUCCUAAACUUAAGUUUUAUUCGCGUCAUCUAUUCAUCUUAUUAAAUUUCCAAUCGAACGGAUUAGAUUUUUUCUAUAAAUAAAUAAUUUAACUAGUAGUCGUCCAGAACUAGUUUUUACCACUGUAACUCAACUAUACAUGCAUUAUUGUCUCUAUUUACUAUUAAAUUCGUUUCAGCAACAAGAAAUGUAUGUAAUUUUUUACUAUCUAAUGUUGAGCUAGCUUUUAGCAUUGGUCAGUAUAUUUACUUACAUUGAGCUGUGAUAAUUGCGGGCUGUUACGAUUAUUCAUAAAUUUAUUAGUUUAAAAAAGUGUUACCUGUUUGAUUGUUAUUCAAGAUUUGCGUAGACGUUUAUUGAGAAAUAUUUCCAAUUUCAUGUAGAUAAUUUCAACUCCACUUGUGGCAACAAUUAUCAGCUGUUUUUAUACUUUAUUGUAUAUUUAUGUUUAAUAAUUAUCCUUUUUAAUUUAAAGAUUUUAAAAAUCUACGAAAACAACAGGAAUUACUUCAUUUUCUUUAGCCAUUUCAUUUCUGUUUAUCAAAAAGGCAGACAAAGCAAUAUUAUUUAACACACAUGCUUGUGAGAAGAAGGGUUUUCUAAUUUUCCACUAAAACAAACAAUAAUCCCAAUUUUCUGUAAAAAUCGAACAGAUUUGUGUAAUUGUGGGUAGCUGCUAACAUUUGUUACAUCAGAUUAAUGGAAGUGUUUAUUAAACGUAAAAAGGUUCGCUGGUAGAAAUUAGAAUAGUCCCAAUCAUGAAGUGAUAUGUUCAAAGAAUUUUUAUAUUAUCCGCUAAUAAAAUAAUGAUAUUGAC